AUGCGUUCCCUCACCGAAGGUCUGAGUGAUCCUCCACCUACCCUGGACGAGGGCGAGAAGCAAGUCGACUGGUCUCGCUCAUUCCACGGCAUUUCUUCAACACCUUUCAGCGCUGAGGCUGCCGCGAUUUUGACACAAGAAAUUCCCUUUGACGAUAUCGAGAUUAAGCCCGACGGAAUUAUUUACCUACCCGAGAUCAAGUACAGAAGGAUCUUGAACAAGGCGUUUGGUCCUGGAGGCUGGGGUCUUGUGCCCCGUGGCGAAACUAUCGUUACCGGCAAGUUGGUCACAAGAGAAUAUGCACUGGUUGCCGGAGGACAACUUGUCUCAAUAGCUCGCGGAGAGCAACAAUACUUUGAUCCCGAUGGCAUCCCUACCGCAACCGAGGGCUGCAAGUCCAAUGCUCUCAUGCGCUGCUGCAAGGACCUGGGCAUUGCGUCUGAACUCUGGGACCCGCGAUUCAUCAGAAGAUACAUGAAAGAAAUGGGCAAGGAGAUUAUUGUCGAACACGUCAUGACAAAGAAGAGGAGAAAGCACUUUAUGAGAAAGGAUGAUGAGUUGAAGUAUCCCUUCAAGGAGGUUGUCAUUCCUGGCCAGACUCCUGCUAAGAAGUAA